AUGUCGACCCCUCUUCCCGAUAUCAAGUCAUCGAUCACGACCGCCACACGCUUACGUGCACUGGGAUUUUGUGGCGCGGACGAUUCGGUUCAUCCCCAUUUGUUGGUGAUGAUGGCGCACGCCUACCCCGUCGUAGAAUUCGGCAUUUUGUUUCGGCCCGAUAAGGCCGGAAUGCCCCGGUACGCUUCGGAUACUUGGGUCGAACAACUCGCUAACGUCGUUCGUACAUAUAACACUCAAAUCGCUGACACAGCGAAAGGCAACCGCAUAAAACUUGCCGCUCACUUAUGUGGCAGCCGAGUAAACGAAGUCCUCAAUGGGCAGUCAGACUUUGUCCAACAGCUUCAAUCGUGGGGAUUUCAGCGUGUUCAGAUCAACGCAACCGCAGUGAACGGUGUGGAGACGUCACGCUUGACUGAAUCCAUAUUACUGGUUGCCACGGUCAUGAAAGAAUUUCCGCAACUGGAGUUUAUUGUACAAAAGAAUGAAGAGACCCGUCCGUUGUGGCAAGGGCUCAUUGCGGCUGGUUUGCCGCCCAACGUUUCCAUGCUUGUGGACGAAUCCAAAGGAACUGGGGUCCUGAAUUCGUCGGCAUGGCCACCUCCACCGGAGCUCUACGAUAUAGGCUAUGCUGGAGGCAUAGGUCCGCCCAACAUUCGACAAGUGCUGCAAGAUGUUGCUGAGGCCGGUCAAGGACGAGAAAUUUGGGUUGAUAUGGAAAGCAGUUUACGGAGUAUUACUGAUGGCAAUGAUGUGUUUAAUCUGAACAAAUGCUACAAAGUCAUUGCGGUUGCCUGUGAGGAAGGACUAAUGAAACAUCCUAACUAUUUGCUUUCCGAAUAAAAACCUAGUUAACUCUAGA